CCCGGCGCGCAUGCGCACCACGCGACCGCUGGGGCCGCUGUGGGCGCAGGCGCGGCUCCGCCCCCCGUUCUCGCGAGAGGCCGGGAUUUAUUCCUACGUGCUGUGCCGUGCUGCUCAUGGCGGCGCUGGAGCGGGGGCGCUGAGCUGUUGGGUAUGAAGUGGAACAGAACAGAAUUUACCACCUGAAACUGCUGCUUCAAGUUCAGAUCAGGAAAAGAAUAUACCACAUCGUAACAACAACUCAAGACCAAAGAAGAGGAAACUUACACUGAAGAUACAAGGCUUGAUCUGAAACCAGAAGUUUGUGCCUACUCAACAGCUUCAAAAGAGCACGUCCCAACGCUGCUAAUAGUCUUUGUUUUCUCCAGUGCUGUAUUGAAACUGCCCAGGGCAGCAGCACUUGUAUUCUUUAUUAGCUCGAUAGAUCACUUUUUCUUGCGUGCUCUCUCUCUCUGUCAAAUAAUAGCAGUCUUCAUCCUUUGAAACUUCGUGCUGAAACAGAAGAAUCGGCUAAUACUACUGAAAGUGCAAUAUUUGAAUAUCACUGCGAGGUUGGUGCAUGUGCUAUUUAAAGAGUUACAUUCUUUCAAACUUAAUUGGAAACAGGUUAUUAGCAGAAGGCUAUUUUUUGUGUGUUUUUUUAGUAGUUCUGUCGCUAUGUUGGUGUGGUUAUAGUAUGAUGAAUUAAUAUUACUUGUGUUAUAGUUCUAUUUAACAGUACUUGUUUUAUAACCUUAGAGAGCUGGUUAUUAAUGUUUCUCUAUUCUAGUAAAAGUGUUGUGAUUUCAAUCCUUUUUUUUUCCCCCAAAGCUACUAGUUUCCUCAGUUUGUGUAAUCUCUGUUUAGCUUCCUUUCCAUCUUACUGCACAGUUGUUUUUUCUUCCUCUUUGUACUUGUAUUGCUGAGCUAUAUUCAUAGUUCUUACUCCUGCUAAUUGACUGAUUAGCUGUGUUAAAAGUGGGAGUGAGCUGUUGUGAGUGAACAGCACAGCCAGCUAGUUGUGGUCUAGUAUAUAACCAUUAUAUUUCAAGUCUGAGCAAGUCUUGUUUGUACAUUAAUAUCUUGUAGGCUAUUCCUAGAAGUUUCUUAACAAUUCUGUGACAGUACUCCUGGUAGAUGUUUCUUAGAGAACAGUUUUACGGCAAUAAUUCCCUCUGUUUUUAUGUUUUUAUUCACUUACCAGAAUUGGUGAUUGUAGGUUUUUUGUUGCUGUUCUGUGCUCUCUUACAGCAUUGAACAGUUGUGGCAAUAUGACAAGCAUCUGGAAAGACUGUUGAUAUGUUAUGCCAUGCCUUUCCCUCUACAGCAAAUCUUAGUGCCACCCUGAGGAGUAUCUCUCUCCUUGAACUUAAGUUGUCAGGCUUUAGUUGAUCGAAGCCCCACUACAUUGCUUUGGGCUAAAAUGAUAAAUUCUCCUUUAAACCCAGGGUGUUCAGAUGGCAUCGUGCAAUGAUGAUCUUUGAGCAAGAGAUAAUAGUAUUGUUCUAACACUAAGCUAUGCUAUUCUGAACAUGUUUUUUAGGUAGAUUUUUGUUGUUUUCUGUAACUGAUGUACCUUUAGUCGUAACCUAUUACUUAAUGCCUUUGCCAUUGUCGCAGGGGAUGUAUGUGUGUUUGUGUACUCAGCUUGCACUGGAGGUGUGAAAAGACCAUUUUAUCCAUGACUGACAAAAAGCAUUUGUCACACUGAUUUGAGCUUUCAUAAUAGGCAAGACCAUUAACCCAUUCUUCUGUGAAAAGGCUUAAUGAUAAGUCAUGUUCCUUUCCCACAGCCAUCUUGCAGUACUAAUUUAAUUUUGAAAACUAUUUCAAACUCUAGGGUGGCUUAAGAUGAAACACAUCAGCUGUUGUCUUCCACUGGGGCAUCUUCCUUUCUGUGGAAUGUCCUAGGGGUUGCCUUAUUCGAAAGAUGAAGGUUCAUAUGUGAUGCUGGCAGGGAGUCAUGUGCAGCUCUUAGCAGCUUGGUAUAGUGCUUUUUUUAAUUAGAUAUUCUGAGAAAAUGUGUCCUCUAAACAUAAUCUACUGCAUGGAAAAGGUGCAAUUCGUGUGGUCUUUGUCCAUUAAACAGUUUAGUCUGGACAUAAGGAAAAUACUUCUUUGCUGCAAGCAAAUAAUAACACUGACAGAAGGUUACCCAGAAAGGUCGUGGAACCUAGGUCACUGGAGGUUUUCAAGACUCAGCUAGACACCAGGAUGGCUGCCCUCACCUCUUGUUGGCAAGAGGCCUUUGGGGGAGGAAGGUGGACUGGAGUUUCCAACGGUUCUCUACUGGGGUCAUGUCUUUGAUUCAACGUAUUUUCAGAUACGUUAGUAUUUUACACCUAAUUGAGCAUGUAAUAGUAUUUAUGCCAGUUAUCACAGUUUCAGGAUACCCCACAAACCUUGAUUCCUCAUAAUUGUAGAAUAGGAAUGCAGUAUUGAUUAAAAUUGAUUGGGUAACUGCUUGUCUGUUACACUGUGGCUUAUCACACCAUUCUUAACAGACAGUACUGCAUUUUUUUUGUCUUGUUCUACAAUACCUUAUGUAACACAGUGCGUUACUUAACUCCAAAAUAGUAUGAAUGCUGUGGCAAUAAAAAUUCAUCACUAAUUUGCUUGCAAAGCAGCUGUUCAUGUAGCAGGUACAUAUUUUAUUUGAUAUUUGUAAACUGCCAGGUUGUAAUGUUUCCUUGUGCUGGUGCUAUGGUUCCACGUUGAAAUAGAAUAUCAUUCUCUUGAGAUUUUGACAGUUAUGAAGUAUCUCUUUUUCUUUUGGAAGCUUUUGUAGACGUUUUCACGUCAGAAUGACACUCCUGCAAAACGAAAUGAGUGAAAGUACCUCUUAAGUUUUGGUAUAACAUCUUUUUCAAGUGGAGCUUUAAAUGACAUUGAAACAAUAGAAUGAAGGUGGAAAUGUUCCAGGAAAAAUAAAACAGCAUGGGUUAUUCUUAACAGUUUUACCAUUAGCUAUUACCAGCUUUUUUUUAUUACCAUGUGGGAACCAUGGUUGAAAGCUGACUUCUGCUGAGAAGUUGCUGUGUACAGUGGCAUGAGGACUGGUAUUUUCCUUUUUCUUUUGGAGGUCAGAACUCCAUUCAUUCUUAUCUCUUGUAGUUGUUCUUAGUUAAUUACUUUAAUAUUAGUCUUGCUUAAUUAAAAAAAAAAUCUGCCUAAGAAGUUCAUAGCAAAUGUUUUUCAGUGCUUUUUGAUCACUUUUAAACUGAUUGCAAACAACUUAAGCCAUGCUAUAGCUAUAUCUUUUUAAUAUGCUAAGUAACUAGAUACUAAUAUUAUGGUAAGAAGCGUGACCAUUUUACAGGUUGCUCAGGAGUUAUCCAUCUCCAGCAAACGUAUAGUAGUUUUGAAUCUCUUCUGUUCGAUACAGCAACAAAGCAGAGAGCAGAUAUAGUCUGAUUCUGUAAAACCCGCUAAUACUGUAUUCCAAAAUACACAUUGACUGAUGCAUGUGUUUUUUUUUCCUUGAGUGGUGUUUCUGGAAUUACAGUAUUUGAGGUGUGAUACAUUUCAACUGAUGUAAUUGUUAACCUGUAAGUGGAAAUGGUUCGCUUUAAAAAUAACACCUCUUCUGCACAACAAAAUCCAGCAAGUUAGUAAAGGACUUCUGAAUAUUUCAAGGUUGAUCCUGUGCCUUGAAAAGAAGACAAGUUUUCAUGGAUGUAAGUUAAUUUAACCAUUCAUUAAAGCUUUUACUUUUUUAGUUUAAUGAUGUUUUCAAGUUUUUUCAGUCUCUCCAGCACUUGACUUACUGUACCACAGAAAUGUUAGCUCGAGGUUUGAUUCUUGAUAUUUCAUAACUGUACAAAAUCUUUAAACACUUAAAACCAUUUUUUUAGUAUAAAAGACUCAGACAAACCAGGGACAGACUAUGCAUGGAUAAUGAACCUAGUACUAUUGUUUCAUAAUUUGUGUUUUCUUAAUUACAUGUUUAAUUUGGAAGAGCAGAUGUUUUAGGCGUUUUCAGGCUGUCUGAUGUGAAAUGGUGAAUGUAGGAGUGCUUUCUCUGAGAUGUACUUAGGAAAGUCAUAAGCUUGUUUUGGUCUAAGCAGGCUUUAUUUCAGUGUUUUAUUUCUGGCUAUUUUAUGUUGCCUGAGUGAAUUUAAGAAUUACUGUUUUACAAGAGCUUGACAGUUUUGGAAUUCUUAAUGUAUUUUAAAAAUGUUUAGAGUUUGCCUGUUACAGUAAAUUCCCCAAGCUGUUGUGUUUCUUAUUCUGUUAUGCUUGUAUGGAGAGAUGUAGCAUGUUGGUUUUUUUUUUUUCCUGCUAUGUUUUCUUUUGUACAGAUGAGCUUUGAUCCAAACCUUCUCCACAACAAUGGACACAACGGGUACCCCAAUGGUACUUCGGCAGCACUGCGUGAGACUGGGGUUAUAGAAAAACUGCUGACCUCUUACGGAUUCAUUCAGUGUUCAGAACGGCAAGCUAGACUGUUCUUCCACUGUUCACAAUAUAAUGGCAACUUACAGGAGCUCAAAGUAGGAGAUGAUGUUGAAUUUGAGGUGUCUUCUGAUCGCCGAACUGGAAAACCCAUUGCUGUUAAAUUGGUGAAGAUCAAACCAGAAAUAUUACCUGAAGAGCGAAUAAAUGGACAAGUUGUGUGUGCUGUUCCUCACAAUUUAGAGAGUAAAUCUCCAGCUGCCCCGGGUCAGAGUCCAACAGGGAGUGUAUGCUACGAACGUAAUGGGGAAGUGUUUUACCUGACUUACACCCCGGAGGACGUUGAAGGAAAUAUUCAGCUGGAAACAGGAGAUAAAAUAAACUUUGUAAUUGAUACAAAUAAACAUACUGGUGCUGUAAGUGCUCGUAACAUUAUGCUAUUAAAAAAGAAACAAGCCCGCUGUCAAGGAGUAGUCUGUGCCAUGAAAGAAGCCUUUGGAUUUAUUGAGAGGGGUGAUGUCGUGAAGGAGAUAUUUUUUCACUAUAGUGAAUUUAAAGGUGACCUAGAAGCCUUACAGCCUGGUGAUGAUGUGGAGUUUACAAUCAAAGACAGAAAUGGUAAAGAAGUUGCAACAGAUGUAAGACUGCUGCCUCAAGGAACUGUUAUUUUUGAAGAUAUCAGCAUUGAACACUUUGAAGGAACUGUAACCAAAGUAAUUCCAAAAGUACCCAGCAAAAAUCAGAAUGAUCCGUUACCUGGCCGCAUCAAAGUUGACUUUGUGAUUCCUAAAGAACUUCCAUUUGGAGACAAAGAUACAAAAUCCAAGGUGACUUUGCUGGAAAGUGACCACGUUCGAUUCAAUAUUUCAACAGACAGACGUGACAAACUGGAACGAGCCACCAAUAUAGAGGUUCUCCCAAAUACUUUCCAGUUUACUAAUGAAACUAGGGAAAUGGGUGUGAUUGCAGCAAUGAGAGAUGGCUUUGGCUUCAUUAAAUGUGUUGACAGGGAUGCUCGUAUGUUCUUUCACUUCAGUGAAAUUAUGGAUGGAAACCAACUCCAUAUUUCUGAUGAAGUAGAGUUUACUGUGGUUCCUGAUAUGCUGUCUGCCCAAAGAAAUCAUGCUAUUAGGAUUAAAAAACUUCCAAAGGGCACGGUUUCUUUCCACACCCAGUCAGAUCAUCGUUUUGUGGGCACUAUAGACAAAGAAGCCACUCCAGCUAAAGCCACUAGCCCAAAUAAAGGCAAAGAGAAGGAAGCUGAGGAUGGAAUAAUUGUUUAUGAUGACUGUGGAGUAAAACUGACCAUUCCUUACCAGGCCAAGGACGUGGAAGGAUCUGCUAAUCCCCAGAUUGGAGAUAAGGUUGAGUUCAGCGUUUGUGAAGUGAAGAGAACUGGUCUGCAAACAGCUGUUUCUGUCAGAAUGCUUGGACGCAAUUACAGUUCCAAGAGGCUUUUGGGAUAUGUGGCAGCCCUGAAAGAUAACUUUGGAUUUAUUGAAACAGCUAAUCAUGAUAAGGAGAUCUUCUUCCACUACAGUGAGUACUGUGGUGAUAUUGAUAGCCUGGAACUUGGAGACACAGUUGAAUACAGUUUGUCAAAAGGCAAAGGAAACAAAGUCAGUGCAGAAAAGGUGAACAAAACACAUGCAGUGAAUGGUAUCACUGAAGAAGCUGAUCCAACUGUUUACUCUGGUAAAGUAAUUCGUCCUUUGCGGAGUGUAGAUCCCACACAAACUGAAUACCAGGGCAUGAUUGAAGUCAUGGAAGAUGGUGAGAUGAAAGGGGAGUUCUAUCCAUUUGGAAUUGUUGGAAUGGCAAACAAAGGUGACUGUCUGCAAAAGGGAGAGACAGUUAAGUUCCAGCUGUGUGUGCUUGGCCAAAAUGGGCAGACAAUGGCUGUCAACAUCACACCAUUCCGCAGAGCCACAGUGGAAUGUGUGAAAGAUCAGUUUGGUUUCAUUAACUAUGAAGUGGGUGACAGCAAGAAGCUCUUCUUCCAUGUCAAAGAAGUUCAGGAUGGUGUGGAACUGCAGGCUGGGGAUGAAGUGGAGUUCUCAGUAAUCCUGAACCAGCGCACAGGGAAAUGCAGUGCCUGUAACGUGUGGCGUGUCUGUGAAGGCGCUAAGGCUGUUGCUGCUCCACGACCUGAUAGACUUGUUAAUCGUUUAAAGAGCAUUAAUCUGGAUGAUGCCAAUGCUCCUCGUCUAACAGUUCUUCGUCAGCCCAGGGGACCGGAUAACUCAAAGGGAUUUGGUGCAGAGAGAAAGAUCCGUCAAGCUGGUGUUAUAGACUGAUCAACAAAGCCAGUACCUGAAGUACGACUGAGUGGUGGGGGCUGGUGAAGGGUACUGAAUAUCUCCCUAUUCAUCCCUUCCAAAUUUUAAGAAGCUAUUACACCAGUUUUAACACCUUCUCAUGUUAUGUUUAAAAUAAAUUUAUGAAACCAUUUUAAAAUUAUGCACAGUUGCAUUCUGGAGAACUUAAGGUGGCGCCUUAUAGUAUCACAUUUUAGAAGCUUGUUUUGAAUGGUGCAUUUAACGCAACUGGUAACUGCAAAUCUACAUUGCCUAUGUGAGUAAACAUUAUAGACAGCUCUACUCUGGUAGACCUUAUGGAAUUCUGCACUACAGUUAUCUAUGCUUUCUUUGUUAUUUUGGCCAAGAUAUUUUACUAUGCCUUAGUACUCGAUUGCAUUGUAUCUUUCCUUCCAAGUGGAAGUGGAAGGCUCACUUCUGCUCACUCUGCUCAAAUUCUGAGGACCAUAUGAGGGUGGAAUAAGUUCAACUUUAUGGAAAAUCUGUAUGAGUAUUCAGAUAACUUAAGUUGAUGGCCAGAUGUUACCAUGUUUUCAUAUUUCAUUUAACUUGAGUCCUUUAGACAGCAAAGUUGUGUUAGAGCUCAGUGAAAGUCUCUUUCUGGGAUAGACUUAUUUUUGUAGUGUUCUGAAACACAUGCAGUGCAGAAUUUCAUAAGGCUGAGGUGUGCCAUCAGUGUGGUAAUUUAAAUAUAUUUAAAACAAUGCACAAAUUUGCUGCUGCUUAGAACACUGCAGCUUCUAAACCCAGUUUCUUUUACUGAUUUAAAUUUACAAAGAAAGAAGUUGUGCCUGAAGUGAAUACUUUUUUUUUCUUCUUUGCAGCCGGCACCCAGUGUACUGUAAAAGAAUAAAUACUUAGGCUUUCCAUAGCUGUAUUGAGACUUUCAUCAAGGUGAAAUAGUUGAUGUCUGUGUGCUUCCCCCCGCCCCCCCGCCCCUUCCCCUGUUUCCCCAGUCACACUUUAUCAAGCAAGAAAACUGAAUGAUUGGUCUAAGUAUUACUUUACCAAAAAGAUCAGGAGUUACUUUCUUUGAAUAGAGGGCAGUACUGUGUUGUUUUUUUUUGUUUGUUUGUUUUUUGUUUGUUUUUUCAUGUUACCUCUAUUCUCAAUUUAGGGUUUUCUUCUCUGGGAGAUGCAUUAUCUUUGUAAAACAAACAUUGCUUUCUCCAAUUUUUUUUUUUUCUGUUAAUGGCAAAGAAUGGAAAUAGAAUAAAGUUUUACUGAUUUUGAGACAA